UCGACCGAGUGGGGAGGGGCUGUUGGUGAUUGCUCUGCUGAUAAGUUCUUAUAUUUGAUUCGACUCUCUUAUGACUGUUAGAGUUAAUCCCGACGGCCUUCAGAUCCACCACCUACACGCCUUCUACUUUCAUGCAAUCUAACCAAAUCUCUCUCUCAAUCUCUCCCCCACCCCCUUUCGGGAAAUUUUGCUUCUUUCUUGUUACUGUUGCUAUAACUGAGUCCAGUUAGGAGAAGGUGAAAGAAUCUGUUGGGAAGAUGGCGGGCUUGCUGGAGGUUGAAUCAUAAUCAGAGACAGAAACAAGUUCUGUUUGCUUUUGCUUGACCACACAUCACCGCAUCCGCAUGCAAACUAUUCCUUAGAUUUGGAUCCUCUUCUCUCUUCUCUUCUCUUCAGUAUCUAAAUCAAGAAAUGGCAGUAGCAGAUGACAGUUCCCUGACUUCACCAGUCGCACAACAGCUUGGGAGAGUCGCUUCGGGUCAGUUUAGGAGGCCUCUCCUUCAUCUUGUGGAUGAUACACAAGAGCGAAGAACCAAAUACCAAAAGCUAUGCGUUCCCCUCCACAAAGCAGCUUUGAAAGGUGAUUGGAAAGCAGCAAAGCACAUCUUAGAUCAAGACAGGAGUCUCGUUCGUGCUGCCAUAACCAAGGGAUGGGCGACGAUCCUCCACGUGGCCACCGGAAAGAACCAUGUUCACUUUGUGGAGGAGCUGGUGAAGAUAAUGCAUCCACAAGACUUGGAAUUGCAAGACGUGAAUGAGAACACUGCGUUUUGCAUCGCUGCAGCAACUGGGAAUUUGCAGAUUGUUGAGAUCAUGCAGAGAAGAAAUGAGAGCUUGCCAACAAUAAGAGGUGGUCAAGGAACCACUCCUCUUCACAUGGCUGCUUUACAGGGACAAAGUCAAAUGGCAUGGUAUCUGUACUGCAAUAAAGCUAUUCAAGUUUUUGAAUAUAUUGAUUGGAUCGUACUUCUCUUCCUUUGUGUCAACAGUGGAAUCUAUGAUUUGGCCUUGAAGGUGCUAGAGGAGAACCCAGAACUAGCUUUUGAGAGGGAUGCAUCAAACAAUGAGACAGUCUUGCAUAUAUUGGCUCGAAAGCCUUUAGGUUCUAGUUGCAAAAGUCAGAGAUAUCGAAAGCGGCUUAUGAAGUCCUGUUUGAGGCAAACUCAGCAACUUGAACUUGUAAAACACUUGUGGAGUAUAUUCCUUAAGAAAGAUGAUAGUAUGAUUAUGGAUAAUAUAAGAGUACCUUCACAAGUAACAUUUAAUGCUGUAGAAGUUGGGAAUUUUGAGUUUCUCGCUGAGCUUAUAAGCUCAUAUCCUGACUUGAUAUGGGAAGUUGAUGAAAGAAAUCGAAGCAUAAUUCACGCUGCAGUUUUGUAUCGUUAUGCUGAUAUCUUCAAUCUCAUCCAUGAUAUCGGCCCCAUCAAAGAUUUCAUAGUGUGUUUUGAGGAUGAAGAAGAUAAAAGCAACUUAUUGCAUAUGGCUGCAAAAUUAGCACCGCCACAUCGAUUAAACUUGGUCUCAGGAGCAGCUUUUCAAAUGACCUUUGAGUUAUUAUGGUUUGAGGAGGUGAAGAAGAUAAUGCUACCAUCACUAAUAGAGAAGAAGAAUGCUAAAGGCUUGACUCCUCGCCAAUUAUUCACACAGGAACAUGGAAAUUUAUUGGGCAAAGCUGAAGAAUGGAUGAAGAAAACAGCAGAACAAUGCAUGCUUGUUUCCACUCUUAUUACUACUGGAGUGUUUACAGCUGCAUUCAGCAUACCGGGCGGUAUCAAUGAUAGUUCAGGAAACCCUAAUUACUUGCAGAAACCAUCAUUCUUGAUAUUUGCCAUAUCUGAUGCAACUGCAAUGAUCUCAUCCUCAGCUUCUAUACUUAUUUUCUUGUCCAUCCUCAUUUCACGUUAUGCAGAAAAUGAUUUUCACAAAUCAUUACCCUUAAAGCUGAUAUCUGGAUUGGUUGCUUUGUUCAUCUCCAUAAUAAGCAUGAUGAUAGCAUUUAGCAGUGCCUUUUUCAUCAUGUAUUAUCAUGGUUUAAAGUGGGUUCCUGACUUCAUUUCUGCACUUGCUUUUAUACCUGUACCCUUAUUUGCGUUUCUGCUUUUCCCACUCUGGGCUGAUAUAGUUUAUUUGACCUACUUUUCUAGGAAUCUUUUUCGCCCUAGUAAACACAUGCUUUACUAGAAAAGUGAGUGAUUUUCAUUCUCUUGUAUUUAAAUGUACUCUUCAUGUGGUAUGAGUCUUGAGUUAAUGAGGAAAUUUCUUUCUCAACA